UGUCUUCCUCCUCACGCACUGACGGGCCAUGCAUAUAACCCAGCUGAACCGGGAAUGCCUUUUACAUCUAUUUUCUUUUCUGGACAAAAACAGUAGGAGAAGUUUAGCAAAAACAUGUCACAAGAUGCUAGAAGUGUUUCAGGAUCCUUUACUGUGGUCUUUGUUGAACUUUUACUCUCCAGUGGAACUAAAGAAGGAUAAUUUUCUCCUGGGACCUGCUUUAAAAUACUUAUCCAUCUGCUGGUAUUCAGAGAGAGUCAAGGUGUGUAACAUUGAGGACUGGAUGAAAAACACUUUCCAGAAAGACUUCUGUAACAGGCACGAAAACACUGUCAGUGAUUUUUUACUAGACGUUUGUAACAGAUGUCCAAACCUCCUAUCUCUGACCCUCUCUGGGUGCGGCCAUGUCACAGACGAUUGCAUCUUGCUGCUUCUCAAGAGCUGCCCAAACCUCAAGACACUCAAACUGGAAAACUGUGUGCGGAUCACUGACCAGACCCUGGAAGCAGUGACCCUGUAUGGGACAUCACUGCGAACGCUCCAUGUGGAUUUCUGCCGGAACGUAACACAAACUGGUCUAGAGAGAGUCAGGGAAAAGUGUCCUUUGGUUAUGCUGAGAGCAGAGAGAAGUGCUAACAUGAUUCCAGACACUAAGCCAGAUAAAAAGUUGAUGCUUGAAAAAGCAUCAAGAAAACUGGUUCAGCUUUAG